UGCGCUAUUCACGGCAAAUGUCGUAAUUUCGUUUGUCAUAUUAAUAUUUAUUAGCUUGGAAGUAGGUGAAAAUUUUUAGUUGUAAAUGAACUGGAAAAUAUAAGUGAAACGGGUUAAUGUGGAGCAAAAUUUUAUUGGAAAACCUGGUGAUGACAAACAAGCCAGUUGUGUUUAUAUUGCCAUAUAUAUUUUAGGUACCAGUGGUAAAUGAAGUGUAAAUAAUCCAAAGAGUUCACUUAUGGUUAGUUUUGGGUAAUAUUAGGUUAGUGGGUUGAAUUGAAUACUGGUUUUUGUGGAAACUAGUGGUUAGCGGAAUAUCUUUGGAGAAUACAGGGAAAAUUGGAUUUAUUAUUUUUUGACUCGAAAUGAAUAUAAGUAAACGAUCAGCUGUUCGAGGUACGACGACUUCAGCGAAUUAAGAGACAGCGGCUACGUUGGCUACGUUAUGUCGUCCGAAUGGAUGAAAACACUCCAGUUCUCAGAUUAUUCGUGGCAGUACCCGUCGGAUGAAGCAGAAGAAGAGCCAGACCUCUACUCGUUUGGAAAGACCAGGUGGAGAAAGGCCUGGCUGCACUUGGAAUCUGGAAUCUCCAAUUGGCGCCAAACAGCGAUAAGGAAAUACGACUGGCUCGACCUUAACCGCAUAGGAGAUAUCUGCGCCAAUAAAGAAGAAAACACAUGAGUUCGUCUUUUGACUUUAAGUUACUUGGUCACGUAAGGGACCUAGAACGUAAAGAAAUUACCGACAUUUCAUAAUAAAUAUAUAUACAUCAUUAUAUACAUAUAUGCUCCUAUUAUAGCAAAAUGGAAUGGGUUAAAGGUGAAAACCAAUGUUGCAGCUUUUGGUUAAAAGAAAUAUAUAAAUAUACAUUUACCAUAUAUUUAUGCAGCCCACAUGACGGGCAAAUUCUAUGGAACUGCAGCCAGCACAGUGAGUGGACGAUUGAAGAUUAGGAAGAAAAACGACUAGACACUUACAGAUGUGCUUUCAUACAUGAGUAUGUGUAUAGCAUGGAAGUUAUGAGAGCAUCACAGUAACUACUGGUGGGCAGCAGUCAAAUGGACGAGCUGACUUGGAAGCAAAGUUGCAGCCAAACGGCGAGUAUGUGCUACAGAUUUAGUACGUUUUAAUCGCUCCGAUGAUGGAGGAUCUGACAAAGAAUAUAAUAUUCACUACGAAUGCAAUAGGCGCCAAUGGGCAGCCUACUACUAUACAAUACCAAACAGCUGAUGGCACCAUUUUAAAACAGCCGAAAAUAGAGGGACAGAAGGAGCAGCCCACAUUCUAUUAUACUACCACAAAUGGAGGCGCAGCUACCACAGUUAAUUUGGCACAACUUACCACUGAUGACAACAAAACGUGCUACAUAGCGCAACCCGUUGGUGGUUACAACUAUGCCCUUGUGAAUGGCAUGCAACUAAAUCAAGGUAGCACCAUCGGUAUUGCCACAUUGGAUGCACAGGGACGUUUGCAGAUUGUAAACCAAAACAAACCAAUUGCAGCAUCUUUACAGGCCAUCUCGCCCAUGCCAAAUACCAUCUCAAACAUCAGUUUCAAAUGCGAUGUGUGCGGUUUAAUGUUUUCACAUUUGGCGCUAUUGAAUCACCAUAAACGUAUACACACGCAGGACGGUAGUGAUCAACAACAGGGUCAACCGGAAACCAUAGUUGUGAAUGCGCAAGGAUUAGUGCAGACACAAAAUAUAAUCACAGAAAAUGGCCAAAUGGGCCAGAUACAAAUUGUGGCCACAGAAGCUUUGGAACCGGCCACAACUGUCUUGCAACAGCAACAACAACAACAGCAGCAACAUAACGCAGUAGUCACAAAUGUCACCACGCAGAAUACCGGCAAUGAAUUAGCCGUCAAUACAACCAACAUCGCUGGCUUAAAAUCCGUUAAACUCACACAAUCAAAAUGUAUAACAUGUGGCAAUCAAAUGUUGCAGCCAGCUAAACGCAAAGGACCAAAGCUGGUGCGUUGCGAGGAUUGUAUACGUGCCGACCAAGAGAUUCACGCACCACAAGGCAUCACACCCACGCAAAUUUUCGUUGCACAAGAUGGUGAUAUAAAAUGUGAAUUAAAUGAAUUUGUAACUGGCGGUAGUGCGGAUUCCUCGCCAAUGGACACGCUUUCAGGUCAAGGUGGGAUGCUAACACAUCACCAGUUGCAACCAGUGCAGGUGGUUACAGCUAGUUCACCAGAGUCACAUCAACAACAAAGCAGCCAACAGCCGCAAAAUAUUGCGCCGAAGCAAGAACAAACAGGCGGACAGUCAACUGCGGUCAAUAAUCAUCCAGUGAAGAAACGCAAUCAACAGCAAGUGACCAAAUGUCAAAAGUGCAAUGGAUCUGGUGUGGUGUUUGUGGGAUCAGGCACGCCGGCCACCAAACAGCAGGCUGUCAAUGUAAAAGCAGAAAAUCCCAAGCCGUUUACAUGCAACAUUUGUGGCGGCACCUUUUCGCGUUACUCGAGUCUGUGGUCCCAUAAAAAACUACACAGCGGCGAAAAGAAUUACAAGUGCACAAUUUGUGGAUUGGCUUUUGCAAAGGCGGUCUACUUGAAAAACCACGCAAGGAUACACACCGGCGAAAAGCCUUACAAAUGUCAAACAUGUGGCAUGCAGUUUUCACAAUCGCCACAUCUCAAGAACCACGAGCGCACGCACAGCGGCGAACGGCCAUAUGUCUGCGAAGUUUGUGAUAAAGGCUUCGCGCGUCACGCCACCUUAUGGAACCACCGGCGCAUACAUACCGGUGAGAAACCCUAUAAGUGUGAUAUCUGCGGCUCGGCAUUCUCACAGGCUGCACAUUUGAAGAAUCACGCAAAAGUGCACUCCGGCGAAAAACCAUUCCGUUGCGAUAUCUGUUCGGCGGCGUUUGCCGAUCGCUUUGCGCUCAAGCGGCAUAGAGGCAUUCAUCAGAAAUAUGGGCAAACUGCACCGCGACAACCAGCGCAGACGCAACAACAACAGUCUAUGACCACCGACGGGCAAAAUGUCAUGAUACAUAAACAGGAAAUACCCGAAAUGGAUGACGACGCACAGCAAGAGGUGAUCAUAUCUGGCUUAUAGACAAAAGCGGCAACAGCAACAGUUGCCACAAACGCAAUUAUUGCUGCGCAACGGUAUCAAUUACACGCGACAACCACUUCCGCUACCCCCACUUUAACGGCGACAACGACAGCGAGUAACAAGUUGCAACAACCACCAGCAUCAAAAAUGCAACAACAACAAAAAACAACGUUACCAACACAAACGCAACAGCAAACUGCAGUUGGUGUUACAACAACUGUAACGGCCAACAUCAACAGCCAACAGCACCAGAUAACACAACUUCAAACACAACCGCAACAACAGCAGCCGCAAACUCAAACACACAUGAGUCAACAGCACUACACUACCACAUAUUUGCAUGAUACCAAUAAUACGGCUGCAGGUGC